AUGUGUGUAGUAACUGUAGGAAGUCAUCCACUCAUCACUGUAGAUGGAUUUGAUGUUUCUGGUGGACUUCAUCUUCAGUGUGAAUCUAAAGGUUGGAACCCUGAAACUGAACUUGUGUGGCUGGACAGUGAAGGAGUCACUUUGACAUCUGAAAAUACAAACACAGAGAGAGAGACAGAUGGAUUCAGAGUGAAACACAUGAUCACUGUAUAUAACAGAGACAGUAAAUAUCACUGUAGAGUCAAACUGAGACAUCACAUGAUGGAGACUGAGAUUAUUACAUCAAGUAAAAUGUUUAACUCUUUGAGGUCAUCAGUGAUCUUGAUUUCUGUUGGAUCUGUGCUCGGUGUGAUCGCUGGAUUACUGAUCGCUGUGUUCAUCUAUAGACACAGAGAACAACAGAGAAAGGAUCAGAGACUAAAGAGUAAAGAUCAGAAACUAAACGGUGAAGAUCAGAGACUAAAGAGUGAAGAUCAGAGACUAAAAAAUGUGUAG